CUCGGGACAUAUUUUUAUCAACGUAGCCUUAGCACUAUACCAUGCGGAUAUUGUAUCAAUAUAUAUUCUCAGUCGGUAUGCGGAUUACUUUUUCUAUCUUAUUGCUACAAGCUGAAUUUUUUUAAGAAUGCUGGAUCUCGGCAGGGCAUGAACGAGAGGGAAGCUCUGCUCAGAUGUCGUUCCGACAGGCCUGGCCAUUUGAACGGCAAAGGGAGCGUCCCUGUGCUCGUCGUGGCAAGUCGAGGCAGGGAAAAUCCGGCCCCGUCCUGUAGAAGAAGCUCGUGUCGCCUCGGAGGGUGGCACCGGCAUCUCUCACGUCACGUCCCCGUCUGCCGGCGAUUGCUCGCCCGUCACUCUCUCGCGGUCCCAUUUCGGCGAAAGGUCGUCGAGGUCUCGCGAGGUCGUACUCCUGCGGCCUCUCGCUGUUCUCAUUUGCACUCCGCACGGAAUCGCAUCGAUGCUCGACGUGCUUUCACUGUGGAGAAACCCUGCGCUGCGGUCUGUGCGAUGCGGCCAAACAUCGACGUCCCGACAUUCAAUUGUACCCUCUCGACCGGAUUGCGCUUGUAGUUUGAGCUCGAAUGGUCCAAGAUGCGGCUUCUUGACGACGCGUGCCAAUGAUAACCCCGGUGCUUCAAAUCAUCUGAAACCUACCGCCCAGGACCAGUGAUUGCCUCAUUUGGAGCACAAUCUGCCGCCUCGUCGUCGCGGUCUGGUCAGCGUUGGCUCUUGAAAGCUUCGAAGUCCCCUGAGUGCCUGUCUACAGCAGGUCUCGCUCAUGCGUGCGCAUAAAUGUUAGGAAUGAAAGAGCGAGGAACGUAGGCCUUCCGGUUGCGGAUGGAGCUAGGGUGGGAAAGCGCUUUAGGAAGAUCACGAUCGCUGUGGAGAAUAUGAAUAGAGUUCCAACACUACAGAGAGUGGGCGUAAGCAGGUCGACUCACUCUGCUGGAGGAGGCACAGUUGCCGAGUGACGAUGAUUUCUGUUUUAAUCCCGGAAUAAGGUAUCUGCUGUCAGUAAUGCACACAAUCUGCGAAGCGCUUCUUCUUAAAGUUGUCGUAAGAAUGUCCGAGAUGAGCUUCGGCGAGCAGUAAGCCUAUAGAAUUUUGGAUUUUGUCAGGGUUCAGUUUUAGUUCAUGGUGUGUACUUCGAGUAUGGAAUCUUGCCAAUUUGGUUGGUUUACAAUACAUGAUAAAUUUUGGACCAAGCUAUGGCAGGUUUGGAAACUAAAUCAGAACAAAAAAUAGAGAUUCUUCCUUUUACUAUGUUAUUAUAUCAAAAAUAUGUCUCGACUUGUAGCAUAGGCUCUUUGUGAGCAGCGUCCUGUCAGUCUGUCAGCAGAACGAACUUGGCUGCCGUUAUUAGCCGAGUGGUAAGGUCUAUUUGGCUUAUAUAAUUAAAAAAAUCUCGUGCUCACGCAUAUGUCGAGAUCCUCGAUGUUGGGGCCAUGGGGAAUCGUAGUUACGCAACCUGUCGGAUGUCGUACAUCCCAGAAGCAUUGGAACACAUCGUAUCUGGCGAAGUAUCCUUGAUCUUUGUUCUCACAGAGUGGGCUGUCCCUGCUUGGUAGGGCAAGUUACCCAUCUGCGUAGACUGGUCUGUUAGCACAGGAGGAAGGCGUUGGAGCAAGUGACGGUGACUUCUUCUCGUUUUUCCGCUGACUGCUACCUUUGACAUUCCCUACAUCUGUUCAUGCAAUUGAUCAGGACUUCGAAACAGCAUUCGGACAAGAGAAUGCCUUUCUUUUUCGGCAUGUUGGACUGGGUUAAGGAAACAUUUUGGCAGGAAGUCAGUGCAGAUACCCAACACAGUAAAAGGAAUGGAACUUUGAAAGUUUCCUGAAUCGGCUACGUAGCGUGAGACAAUAAAUUCAGCUCCACAAGCAGUGUUUCAACAGCUUGAAAUACGUCUACUUCUGGCACUUUGCUACGAGCUGAAGAAGAGAGUCGGACGACUCCGAAGUAACUAACGAACUCAUGUCCAUCAGGGGCAGAUGGUGUAGUUACCAUCAGAUUCUUCUUUAAAAGUAUAUCAAGAGCUUGGUAUUACAUGUCCACGGUUCGAGGCUUUUUCCUGUUGGCCUACCACCAACUAAAGCUUCCAGUAACGUUCAGCCUUUCAGUUUGUCACUUUUUGUUAUUAGGGGU